AUGCCCACCACUCCAAAGUCAAAGAAGAGCAAAAGCCCACAGCUGAGCAUGAGUAUCGAUGUGCAACAGUCACCCUCCGCUGAAGCGAACCUUGCUCCGGCGCAAGCGGUGGAACUCGCCAACGCAUCACAGACCCUCGCCUCGUUGACUGAGAAGCUAAUGGAAGGUGGAUCUGCUCCUGCCGCAACUGCUGGAGCGAAGUUCCCAAUGACGGCGACACCCACUACUUGUGAUUGUGACACAGCCACUACCUCACUUAACGACUGCUUCACCGCGAUCGCGUCAAAGCUAAACCAAUCAGUAGAAGUGCCCAACGGUGGGACGACAAGCUCAGAGACGAAAAUAUCUGGUCUGGAUCUUUACAAAUUGCUGGACAGCCUUGGAGUUGCCGGUCAGAUGCCUGCGGUUGCCACAGGUAACGUGCAUUUGCGCUCCCUGCUGGGUAAUAGUACAGUCAACACUACCACUGGUGGUGUGCCUGUAGUGAAAUCGGAGGUGUCCACUUCCACUGUUAGCAGCGGACAGUUGCUUCAGCUGCUACGCACCUCUCUGGCGACGACCCCUACAGACUCCCCUCUACCCGUGAACGGCGCCUGUCAGCUGUUGAGCAUCCCAUUCUCACCUACUCUUCCCAUCGCCACUACUGCUCAAGCUAUUCCUCAAAACGAUAUCUAUCUCCUCCUCCAAUCGGCCAUUCUUCGUCAAAUGCAACAGCAGACUGCAAUCCUCGGAGGAGCGAUAGAGCCCCAGACGUCUGGUGCAAGCUUCACCGCCACCCACAGUGUCGGUUCCACCUUUCCCUCUACUGGAGUGUACGGAUUGCCCAGUGCAGCAGCACCUCCAACUCAGGCUGUAUCCACUGGAGGAGAUGUUGGUGGUAGCGGCGGUGCCGAUACUGGUCCUCUAGAUGCCCUGAUGUUGACUAAUCGCCUCCAGCAGACCAUCGCUGCCCUUACCGCCACAUCUACUGGUGGAUCCAAUGCGCCUCCCAUCACUCUUCUCAGCCUUGAGCCGAACCCCUCUGCACCACCAAUGGUUACUAUCACCUCGUCCCCUGCCCCGCCACCACCACCUCCACCCAAUCCGCCCUCAGCCGAGCACCUCAUGGCUGCACUGGGUAUCUUGGGUCUUGGCAGUGGAGGCGGCGACGCUAGUGGAGGUGCGAUUAGUGUCCCUGCGCCGGGCUGCGUAAAUAGCGCCGUAACUGCUACUGCAACCACAGCUACCACUCCUGCUAAUAUUGUUAAUGCCAGUGAGCUGCUUAACCAGCUGUACAGUGUGAAACAGGAAGAAACCAAAAGCUCUGAGGAGUCACAACAGAGUUCUAGUGUUUCUCCAAAGGCCUCGACUACUCUGGCACAGACGACAGUACUUGUACCACCGCCACCACCCUCCACAGUCACUACCUCUACCAUUGCGACGUCGACAACUUUUUCAAUUCGUGGAGCAAGAAGUAGCGACGGAACAGUAGAACCUUGCCUCGUCUGUGGGGACGUUGCUUCAGGACGUCAUUACGGUGUCAUCUCUUGCGAAGGGUGCAAAGGCUUCUUCAAGCGCUCCAUCCGGGGUCACGUGAAUUAUGUGUGCCGCAGCAAUAAGCACUGUAUAGUGAACAAGGCCUUCCGAAACCGGUGCCAGUACUGUCGCAUGCAGAAGUGUCUGUUGGUAGGAAUGCGAUCGGAGGCGGUACAGAACGAGCGGCGUCUGGGCACCACAAUGGUUCCUGCCGCCGCCGUUUCGUCAUCGCCCUCGCUGGGUGCGACGAUGGGUGCGGGCCAGUUUCCACGACUCAGCCUUGAUUCUGAUCAACCUCCGCUGCUCAUUGCCUCACACAACGAUGAUAGUAGUAUCAGUGGCGGCGGUGCCAAUGUACACGGAAUCAGUGGAGAAAAGACUACUCACAACUGUUCCUCCGCUUCCUCCUCUCCUCUCCCACCCACUGCUUCGGCUUCUCCCGAUACUUCACUUGCCGAAGGUGAAAUCAGACCUAAUCCUCCACAGAUCCCCUUGCUGCCCAAGCCAACAAUAUCUGCUGUGGGAACACCGCCGCCGAAUGUAACUUUGGCGGCUACACAGCCAUCACAACAGCAGGUGAAUUUGAACGAGAUAGCGGCGAUGCUUGCGGCGCAUCAGAAAGUUUUGCCUGCGGCUGUCGCGCCUAUUUCAGUUUCGCGGAACCCUGCAGCGGCUGCAGCUGCGAACAACGUCAACUCCAUAUAUAACGCGAUCCUCGCAUCCACAAUGACGUCGCUCGCAUCCCGCCUGUCCGACGCCAACGUUAAUACGAAUUCUGUCACUGGCUCUCAUUCACAGAUUGUAAACCAUGCGUCCGCGCUCCAAAUACCACCGCCGCCUUUGCCGCUGCCGCCACCCGUGAAUAGGUCCACAAACUUGCUAAAUUUGUUGCGCUCAAAGGUGGAUCAGGAUCAGGUGGAGAUGCCGUUAAACGCUGUUCUCACUGCUGCUGCAGCUGUUGCUACUAAUCCCAUUACUGAAAACGGGGUUUCCAGCAACACAAACAAAGCUACAGAUGCUACAUCCUCAAGUGGUUUUGUGGGUCAGAUGAUUUCUCAGAUGAGUCCAAGUCCGAGUCCGAGCAACGCUUCAUCGACUUCCUCUCGGCCUACCAGCCGGAACUCGCGCAAGCGACGCAUCAACAGUGGCACAGGCGGCGCUUCCAGCCGAAAGCGUGUCAGCACUACCGCUACCACACCUGCCGCAGCCUCGAACACACAUCUACAGUCGGAAUUACCGACCACGGAAAAUCCCUCACUCCAUGAGAUGGCAUCCCGUGUCCUUCUUGUCACCGUCGAUUGGCUGAAGCGGUGCGGACCUCUCGAUCAGCUUCCAUCUGAUCUCCAAAAUGAGUUGAUCGCCUUCUCUUGGGUGGAUCUAUUCAUGCUGGGUCUCUGUCAGAUGUUUGGCCGGAGAUUGGGCAGCUUGAAGAUAGAAUUCUUUUGCCCGACUCAAGGCGACGACUUUGGGAUCGACGUCCACUCGCUAAAGUCGGAUUUUAAUUCAAUCGUGUCAAGCUUCAGCAGAGCUGAAGUUACUCCCGAGGAAUACACCUAUCUUCGCUACAUGGCCUUGUUUAAUUCUGGAGGGCUAAAAGCGAAUGACGCAGCCGGCUUGAAUCGAGUUCGAGAAAUCGAGCAGAAGGUCCAAGUGGAAUUUGCUGGCUUUCUUAGAGAAAGCGAUUCACAGAAGAUUAGUGACGACGGAGCCCAGCGACUGACCGAAGUCCGAAUCGCCUCUAGGGGUCUUCGACUGAUGGGUUUAGUUUGUGGUCUUCGUCGCGUCACUAGUGUCGACGUCGGCCGAGUUUUCUUCCCAAACAUUUGCGGGAAAACAUCUAUAGACAAGGUGAUCGAAGAUCUUCUGCAAGUUGGACGCAACAAGAGUGUUUCAAAUAGUCUCAGUGUCGUUGCUAAGGUCAUCGAACAGCCGUCGGAGAACGCCUCCCAGAUCCUGUCCAUAGCCGCUGCUCCCUUAGCCACGAAUAACUCUGAGGAGCAUGUGAGCCCUUCAGAAACUUCAAAUGUCACUGAUCUCAUGGCGAAGCAGGAGGACUAUGAAAUACUGGUUCAGAAAACAAGGAGGGCGAAUGAGGAAGUGACGGCGGAAGUGGAAGACGAAGAGGACGAGGACGUCCCGUUAACCAUUGAGGAGAAACCACAGUCUCCUUAUCAGUGCAAACCUUCACCGCCUGGUUGA